GAGUACAUUGUGGUACCGCCUAGUGUGCGUGAGUCUGUGUGGGAAAGAUAAUAAGCGGAGGAGAGCAGGAGCUGCGAUCAGAGCGCCGUAGCCGCCGCCGAUUCGCGUGGUCGGGCUCUGGGUUCGGGAGCGGCGCGUCUGAUCGGAGCCGAUGGCCUCCGUCUUGGGGGGCGGCUUCUGCGGAAACUGAAACCUGCGAUCGUGGUCAACUUUUCUAAGUGUGCGAACACGUCGACAGCAGAUGCGGCAAAUAUGGGGACGAGACGUGCUGAUGAGGACGAGGUAGCUGCAGAUGAGAGACGCGCACGAUACUUCCAGACGACGCGAGCCGAGAGGCGGUCAACUCUGAAGAUGAGCCAAGAUGCGGAGGGGAUUUCCCUUGUGGUUCCCUCGAUCGGCCCUCUCCCCGAGGCGGAGGACAGCCGCAGGGGUCCCGCUUGCCAGCGCGGAGAGGGCAGCGCCGGCGCCGUCAGCUCCGUUCCAGCGGCCGGGACUUUCUGGCAGGACCCAGUGGCCGGAGGCUGCAUCGGCUCUGCGGGCGUGAGCUUCCCCAUGGACGGAGGUGGGCUGCUGACCACGGGCAAGAGCAAGAGCAGGUCGGUGACGGUGGCGUACGUGAUAAACGGGGAGAGCAUCCCGGGUCACAGCGCCGAGAGCAUGGCCCUGCAGUGCCUGCAAGAGGCGAGCGAGGCAGUGGGCAGCCGGCUGGAGACCGUGCACUUCGGAAAGCUGGACUUCGGGGAGACGGCGGUGCUGGAUCGCUUUUACAACGCAGACAUCGCCGUGGUGGAGAUGACCGACGCAUUCCGACAGCCGUCGCUCUUCUACCACCUGGGUGUCAGGGAAAGUUUCAGCAUGGUCAACAACAUCAUCCUGUACUGUGACUCCAACUCUGACUCACUACAGUCCCUGCAGGAAAUCAUUUGCCAGAAAAACACUACGUGCACUGGGAACUACACCUUCAUCCCGUACAUGGUGACGCCCCACAACAAGGUGUACUGCUGCGAGGGGAGCCUGCUUAAGGGCCUGACGGAGCUGAUGCAGCCUGGCAUGGAGGCGCUGCUGGGCCCCAUCUGCAUGCCCCUGGCGGACCGCUUCAUGCAGCUGCUCCGCGUGCCGCCCGCCAAUACCUGCCAGUACUUACGGGAAACCAUCCUGAACGAGAUCCGGAAGGCGCGGGAGCUGUACACGGGGGCGGAGCUAGCGGCGGAGCUGGGCCGGAUCCAGCAGCGAUUGGACAACGUGGAGUGCCUGUCAGCUGACGUCAUCAUCAACCUGCUGCUGUCCUAUCGGGACAUCCAGGAUUACGAGGCCAUCGUUAAGCUGGUGGAGACUCUGGAGAAGCUCCCUACGUUCGACCCAGUGGCGCACCCCCACGUGAAGUUCCACUACGCCUUCGCCCUGAACAGGAGGAACCUGCAUGGGGACAGGCAGAAGGCGCUGGACAUCAUGCUACCUCUGGUGGAAUCCGAGGAGCAUGCAGCCUCCGAUAUCUACUGCUUGGUCGGCCGCAUCUACAAGGACAUGUUCUUGGAUUCGCACUAUAUGGACACUGAAAGCAGAGACAACGGAAUGCUCUGGUUCAAGCGGGGUUUUGAGUCGGAGCCAACACUACAUUCAGGGAUAAACUACGCCGUACUGCUCCUGGCGGCCGGACACCAGUUCGACACAUCCUUCGAGCUCCGCAAAGUCGGUGUGAAGCUGAGUAGCCUUUUGGGGAAAAAGGGCAGUCUGGACAAGCUGCAGAGCUACUGGGAUGUGGGCUUCUUCUUGGGAGCCAGUAUUCUUGCCAACGACCACACCAGGGUUAUCCAUGCCUCUGAAAAGCUCUUUAAGCUCAAGGCGCCAGUUUGGUAUUUGCGAUCGCUUGUAGAGACGAUACUGAUCUACCAGCACUUCAACAAAACUCCCGCGGAGCAGCAGUCGCCGAAGCAGGAGCUGGUGGAGUUCUGGAUGGACUUCCUGGUGGAAGCCACACAGCAGGAGGUCUCCUCCGUGCGUUUUCCAGUGCUGAUAUUGGAGCCAACUAAGAUCUAUCAGCCGUCCUACUUGUCUAUCAACAACGAUGUGGAAGAGAAGACCAUUUCAAUAUGGCACGUGGCUCCGGAGGACAAGCAGAAGGGGAUCUACGAAUGGAACUUCGCGGCCAUGCUGGUGCGAGGUGUGAGCAUUUCCAAGUUCGACGAGCGGAGCUGCUUCCUCUACGUGCUGCAGCACUCUGAGGACUUCCAGAUCUACUUCUGCACCGAGAAGCACUGCAAAAGGUUCUGCGACCUGGUGAACAGCAUCACGGAGGAGGCCCGGAGGGCGCCGGAGGAGGGCGAGUGCGACCCUGACGCCCUGGAGUACGACUACGAGUACGACGAGCACGGCGAUCGGGUGGUGCUGGGGAAAGGCACCUUCGGGGUGGUCUACGCGGGCCGGGACCUCAGUAACCAAGUGCGGCUGGCCAUUAAGGAGAUCCCCGAGCGGGACAGCAGGUACUCACAGCCUCUACACGAGGAGAUCGCUCUUCACAAGCACCUGAAGCACAAGAACAUAGUGCAGUACCUGGGCUCCAUCAGUGAGAAUGGCUUCAUCAAGAUCUUCAUGGAGCAGGUUCCUGGAGGAAGCCUCUCAGCCCUUCUGCGCUCCAAGUGGGGACCCUUGAAGAACAACGAGCCCACCAUCGGUUUCUACACCAAGCAGAUCCUAGAGGGGCUGAAGUACCUGCAUGACAAUCAGAUCGCGCACAGAGACAUUAAGGGGGACAACGUGCUCAUAAAUACGUACAGUGGUGUCCUGAAGAUCUCCGAUUUUGGGACCUCCAAGCGGCUUGCCGGGAUCAACCCCUGCACGGAGACGUUCACAGGCACCCUGCAGUACAUGGCUCCUGAGAUCAUAGACAAAGGCCCCCGCGGCUACGGCAAGCCGGCCGACAUCUGGUCCCUGGGCUGUACCAUCAUCGAGAUGGCGACGGGGAGGCCUCCCUUCCACGAGCUGGGGGAGCCGCAGGCGGCCAUGUUCAAGGUGGGAAUGUUCAAGAUUCACCCUGAGAUCCCGGAGCUCAUGUCCGUGGAGGCCAAGGCCUUCAUCCUCAGGUGCUUCGAGCCGGACCCAGACAAACGUGCCUCGGCCCUCUACCUGCUCACCGAUGAGUUCCUGACGGUCACCAGCCGCCGGAAGAAGGGAAAGAGCAGCUUAGCAGCUCCGACUGCAGGAGCAGAGUAUCUCCGCAGCAUCUCCCUGCCCGUGCCCGUCGUCGUCGAGGACACCAGCAGCAGCAGCGACUAUGGCUCCGUGUCCCCCGAUAACGACCUCAACUCCAACCCCUUCAACUUCAAGCCCAGCGUCAAGUGCUACAGUGAGCGAGAGGUCAAAGGUCACCGGUCCCUCUUUCUGAGCAUUCCUGUUGAGAACUUUGAGGACCACAGCGCUCCACCAUCCCCCGAAGAGAAGGAUUCGGGCUUCUUCAUGCUGAAGAAGGACAGCGAGAGGAGGGCCACUCUGCACCGCAUCCUGACGGAGGACCGCGAAAAAGUGGUGACCAACCUGAUGGAGGCACUCACGCAGGGAACAGAAGAAACCAAACUCAGCUGGCAGAACAUCUCCACCCUGGUGGUCAGCCUGGGCAACUUCGUCCGUAUGGCCGACCGCAAAAUCAUCGCUUCCACUCUCUCCCAGCUCAAACUGGAACUGGACUUUGACAGCACAGCCAUUAGCCAGCUCCAGGUGGUGCUUUUUGGCUUCCAGGAUGCGGUAAACAAAGUGCUGCGGAACCACAACAUCAAGCCUCACUGGAUGUUUGCCCUAGACAACAUCAUCCGGAAGGCUGUUCAAACGGCCAUAACCAUCCUGGUGCCAGAGCUGCGACCACACUUCAGUCUGGCCUCGGAGAGCGACGCAGCCGACCAGGACAACGGCGAGGACGACACGGAGCCGGAGUCCAGCGCAGCCCACCAGAGUGGCGCCCCGCCCAGCGUGCCGCACGAUGACAUGGCCGCCACGUCCGGAGUGAGCACGCUGAGCUCCAUCGAGUCGCACAACGCUCAGCGCUCCAUCAGCAUGGAGCUCAGCAGGAUGAAGUUGGAGACCAACAGGUUGUUGGAGGAGCUACUGGAGAAGGAGAGGGAGUACCAGUACAUUCUGCAGCAGGUCCUGGAGGAACGGGAGAAGGAGAUAAAACUACUGAAGAGUAAAGCUGAGCCUCCAGGUGACCCACUCAGGGAGCGGACCCCCUCGGGCUGGGAGCCCAGGGACGCGGAGCUGGCCGAGUGGCUGAAGCUCCAUGGCGCCGACGAGGACGCAGUGACGAAGAUCUUAGCAGAGGAGUAUACACUGACUGACAUUCUUCUCUGUGUAACGAGAGACGACCUGAAGGGUCUGAGAUUAAGAGGGGGAAUUCUGUGCAAACUUUGGAAAGCUAUUACGGAUCACAGGGAGAAGAUGAAAGCCCCGGAUGACUGAGCCCGCGCCCGGCGCCUCGGAACGCCCCCAUCCAGUAUUCGCUAUACCAACCCGCACUUUACUCUCCGUAUUUAUUUCCCCAGAACUCUUCCCAGUCGUACCACUUUCUCAUUAAAACAAAUGGUAAUUCCAGGUUUCAAUUAGUAUUGAGUGCUAAAAUAUUAGCAUACUAAUGUAUUGCCUUACUACACUUUUUCCUGGUGUAAAGCAAAUUUUGGAGUCGCAUCAUGUGGAGUCAAUAUUCGGAGACCAACAAUAGUCAAUUUACUGUCCCAGUAAAUGAUGACAUCAUAUACCAGUUAGUGCCAUUUGAUGUUGUACUAUAGAGGGUCCAUAUGAACAGGUAGUGAGUAAUAAUUUAAUAACUGGUAAAACUGAAUAACUUCUGUACAUACUGGUGAAUCUAGUUUUUGUUAAUGAUUGCUGUUAAGAAAUGAGAUGGUUGUGUGCAUUUUAAUGAUGCAUUUACUUAAGCCUGAGAUUUUAAUCUUUUUUUCUGAACCAUAAAUCCAAGAACCACAGCUCUGUGUGUGAAUAUCGAACUACACUGCCUGAGGGUAGACCUGCUAGAUAUUUGUUAGUAAUAUGUUUGUUUCUUAAUUUUGUUAAUUGUGAUAUUUAGAUGGAACCUUCCAGACUUGAAGUUAUGGAUUUGUCAGUGUGACUGAUUCAUUCACCAGUAAUAUUUUGUGAAGAGAUUUUAUAACGAUAUUCUACAGGCCUUAACCAGCUAGUCUAGUGUAUUCCUGCAUUUUACUGAUGUUUACAUGGAGAGUUUGUGAACCUAAGUCCCGACAUUACAGCUGUCGAACUUAAGAUCCACAACCCGGAUCCAGCCCGGUAAUGGUUCUAAUGCGGACCAAAACGUGAUAACGUGAUUUUUAAAUAAAAUUUUAUUGGUAGGUUGGGAUUGUGCACUAUAGUCCCAAUGAAAUCUAAUACUCAACAACUUUAUUAGGCUCGCCGUGCUGAAAUGACAAAUACACCGGCAUGCAAGGGCUCAAGAAAAUCGGUUAGUAAAUUAAACAGUACAGUAGGAACGUCGGCAGAUUUUUAGUCGUAGUCGGGAGAUCAGUAUUGCAGCUGUCAAAGAGGGCUAUCUAAUUGCUAAUGAAAUAGCAAAAUUGUCAAAACUGUGCUCUGGUGGUGAGUUUGUGCGGGCAUUCAUGCUCGAAGCUGCAGGAAUCAUGUGCUUCAAAGGGCGCCACACUUUGGCGAAAGUCAUCCUGCCGAGAAAUGAGGGUGCAGACGGCACGUCACGGACUGCGGCUUCGCUUUAUUCGUCGCUGUUCGAUGAAUAUCUGUAUGUUGUAACUGCAUUGAACGGCAGCUAUACGGCUACCUAAAUGGCAUCGCAGGCAGGUGAAGUAGUUUACUUGUCACUAUUUGUUACCAGAUGUUGUUAGUCUUGCAUUAUGCCGGUAAUCACGUUUUGAUAUGCACCAGUAAUGUUCUGUGAUUAGCCUAGAUAGGGGAAUUGGAAAAUGAACAUUUUUCAUAAGGAGCUGUAGUCUGCUCAUUAGUUGUAGGCUAUUUAUGAUCAAAUUGUGCAUCAUGAAUGUACAUUGCUAUCCUGCUUGUAUAAAUGAGGAAAAACAAACAGCAGAUGUAUUGUUAAUAUGUUGGGAGUCCACUACAUAGAUUUACUUGAUCUGAGAUUGGAUUGGGAAAAAUAUGGUGCCAACUGAAAUAUAAAUGAGUCUGACACCUCGAGGGACAACAACUUUAUAGCAGAAUACGUAUACAGGCGUGAUUUGCUGUCAAUCUUUUUGGAGAAAAAGAGUCGUGAAACAAAACUGAGCUUAGGAUAGCAUCUUUUGUACCGGAUUUAAAAUAUUGUACAAUGUAAAUGAAAAUACUAUACAAUGCAACUAAACCAGAGAAUGACGCCUUUAUAAGACAUAUAUAGGGGAACAAAUAUUUUUAUUGUAAAUGCAAUCAACGUGGUAUAUGCGUGUUAUAACUGUAUAUAAAUUGUAUAUCCCAAAGCAACUAUAUUCCCAGUUUUAAAUAAAUAUAGAUGUUUAAAAUAGAUAUUCAUUUCUUCUUGAUUUGAAAUUUAAGUUAAAUGUGGCUUAACUUACUAUAACAUCAUGCUGUGAUGGUUAAAACGUAAUUUUUCAAAAAAAUAAAUAAAACAAUUAGACUGUGUGUUUAUUUUCCUAAAGAUAUAUUCCCAGCCAUGGUAAUCUAAUGUAAAGAAUCUUACUGUCUUCAAAUCUGAACUGUAAAAUAAAGUGUGCAAUUGAACAUA